CUAGUCCCGAGCACAGACCUUAGAACCAAUUCCUUAUUGCCCCCUCCCCCCUUCCCCUUCCCCGCUUUCACACUCUGGCUUUAUUGCAGAAUCAUAGUCAAGCCUUGAAUUAUGGAUAAUAGGAACAACCUCGAACCUGUACCUUCUCCCGCACAGGGUGUUGGACCAUUCUACAGACCAGAGGACGAAAAGCCUACAGCAACAGUCUCCAAGGAUAUAUGCUACCAGAAUGUCCAUGUCCUUCCCCAGACCCCUCAGUUGAUUGCUCUUCUGACUAUGAUCAGAGACAAGCAAACUUGUCGUGCCGACUUCAUAUUCUAUUCUAACAGAAUCAUUCGCCUCCUAGUCGAGGAAGGUCUCAACCAUCUACCAGUGGUCGAGCAAUCGGUCACUACACCCGUAGGCCGGGUUUACCUCGGAGUUAAGUUUGAGGGCAAAAUAUGCGGCGUGUCGAUAAUGAGGGCAGGGGAAGCCAUGGAGCAAGGCUUAAGGGAUUGCUGCCGAUCUGUGCGUAUCGGCAAAAUCCUGAUCCAAAGGGAUGAAGAGACCUGCAAACCAAAACUUUUCUAUGAGAAACUUCCAAAUGAUAUACGCAAUCGAUGGGUACUCCUUCUGGAUCCGAUGUUCGCAACCGGCGGCUCUGCAACGCUUGCGGUCGAAGUUCUCAAGGCGAAGGGUGUUCCUGAAGAUCGCAUACUCUUUCUCAAUCUUAUUGCAAGUCCAUCAGGAGUCGCGGAUUUCGCAGAACGAUUUCCCAAGCUCAGGGUAGUAACUGCAUUUAUAGACCAGGGUUUGGAUGAGAAAAAAUAUAUCAUUCCGGGGCUGGGUGACUUUGGUGACAGGUAUUAUACACUUUAGAUCGAUAUUUGUACUCGUAAGAUGUUAACAGGUGCAUGGGGGAGGUCACGAGGGAGUCUUCUUUAAAUGACAUUACUUUUAUUACA